CCAGCCCAGCCACAUCCGCGUCGCAGACUCAACUCGCUCCACGGCUUUUUUUCAUUUAGCCACUGUUUUAAUUCUUCUUUUAUUUAUUUUCUCUCCGUCUUUGGUUUCAUCGGCUUAGAUCCAGCUUAGAUCUACGCCGAUCUCUUUUCUUUCCCUCCAAUUUCUUCCUUCUUUUUCUCUUUCCCUUCGACUCAUCUUCUUUUACUUCUUUCACCUCCAAUUUCUGCAAAUUUCAAAGCUUAGAUGAACUAAGUGAAGAACAAUAACCCAGAUUCAUUGUGAUAAAGUUUUAGGUUUGGGUAUCAAAUUAAGCUGAAUUUCAGCUGGUCUUAGCACUGUAUACGACUUUUGGGGUAAGCUUUAGUAGGAUAGAGCUGGAAGCAAAAUGGAGUGGAGUGUAAAUAAUGCCUUCAAGAGUUACAAAGCAGAUAUGGAACCGAAACCCACAAUGGAUAUGGUGCUCAUUCCUAGUAUGGAUCCGAUAGAUAUUGUACUUGGUUCUUCAGAGAAGGGAAAUGUUAUACCUUCGGCAAAACCCAGGAAGAAGACAAUGACAUCGGUUUACCUUAGGUAUUUUGAGACGGCCCCUGACGGGAAAACUAGGAGGUGUAAGUUUUGUGGACAGAGCUAUUCUAUUGCAACUGCAACAGGCAAUUUAGGGAGACACCUUAAUAAUCGGCAUCCCGGAUAUGAUAAGACGGGCGAGAAUGUCACUAGCUCAGCACCACAGCCCACCACAGCUGCCGCCACUGUCACGAUGAAACCUCAACCACAAGCAAGAGCACCUCAGGUUGACUAUGAUCAUCUGAACUGGUUGCUUAUUAAAUGGCUUGCUUUAGCUACUCUUCCUCCUUCGACUUUAGAGGAAAAGUGGUUAGCGAACUCCUUUAAGUUUUUGAACCCAUCAAUACAACUAUGGCCAGGUGACAAGUACAAAGCAGUAUUGCUUGAAGUUUUCAGGAGCAUGAGAGAAGAUGUUAGAGCAACUUUGGAACAGGUCUCUUCCAAGGUCUCGAUCGCUCUUGAUUUUUGGACUUCGUAUGAGCAAAUAUUUUAUAUGAGUGUCGCAUGUCAAUGGAUUGACGAAAACUGGUCUUUCCAAAAGGUGCUUCUUGAUGUAUGCCAGGUAUCUUACCCGUGUACGGGUUCUGACAUAUAUCACUCGCUGAUAAAGGUUCUUAAGAUGUACAAUAUAGAGAAUAAAGUCCUCGCAUGCACCCAUGACAACAGUCAAAAUGCCAACCACGCUUGCCAUACCUUAAAGGAGGACUUGGAUGGUCAGAAAAUGGGGCCGUUCUGUUUUAUCCCUUGUGCUGCUCGUACGUUGAGUUUGAUUAUAGAUGACGCAUUAAGAACAACAAAACCAGUUAUUGCCAAGGUCAGGGAAUUUGUACAAGAGUUAAAUGCAUCCUUGGAUAUGUCAGAGGAUUUCAUUCAAUUUACAACAGCUUACAAAGAAGGAAGUUGGCAGUUUCCGCUUGAUGCUUCAGCAAGGUGGAGUGGCAGUUACCAAAUGCUUGAUCUUGUACAGAAGGCUGGGAGGUCGAUGGAUGCUGUUGUAAGGAAGAAUGAGGAGGUGCUGGACAAUAGGAUGUUGCUGAAUGCUGCCGAGAAGAAUGUUGUCAAUAUUGUUCACAAUUGCUUGGAGCCCUUGUACAAAGUCGUUAAUGAGAUAUGUGUAGACACCCCUCCAACUAUUGGGAUGGUUAUUGUCUACAUGGAUCACAUUUCUGAUACAAUUCCAACACGGCAACUUCCGGAUUGGCUAAAGAAUGCUGCCGAAGACAUGGCAAAAAAGCUCAGAAGUUAUAACAACCAAGUCUGCAACAUUUUCAUCUACUUGACAGCCAUUCUUGAUCCCCGAGUUAAAUGUGAACUCAUACCCGAGAAUCUCAACUCAGAAAACUAUCUAGAGGAAGCAAGAGCCCAUUUUGUGAGGAAUUAUUGCACCAAUCAUAUUUCAUCUACGAGAAGUGGAUACUCUACUCAAGAUAUUGAAGAUGGAGGAAGUGUUUCUUUUGCAGAGGAAAUCGCUCGAAAGAAACGAAGAGCAAGCAUGAGCAAUGCCACCGAUGAACUCACUCAGUAUCUUUCCGAGUCUCCAGCUCCUACAAAGAUAGAUGUUUUGGAGUGGUGGAAGGUCAACAGCAUGCGUUACCCUCAGCUCUCUGUGAUGGCUAGAGACUUCUUGGCUGUCCAAGCAACUUCAGUGAAACCCAAGGAACUGUUUUACAGUAAAGGCGAUGAGAUCGGGAAGCAACGGUUUUGUAUGCCACAUGAUAGCACACAAGCCAUCCUUUGUAUUAAAUCAUGGACUCAGGGAGGUCUCAAGUUGAAGUACAAGUCAACUGAGAUCGAUUGCGAGAGACUGAUGGAAAUGGCAGCAGCAGCAGCUGUUGAUAUUAGCUCAACUGGUAUCUACAAGAAACAAAAGUGAACCGAGUUUUCGUUAUAUUUC